AUGGAGACAGCCGGCGGAUACGUGUUCAUCCACGGGAAGAAUAUCUCCCACAGCUCCAUGACGAGCCCUGGCGGUGGUGUUGGUGGAGCUGCUGCCGGGCCUCACAUGUCCAUUGACAAGCUGUUUCCUGCACUGCUCGAGUGCUUUGGAAUCAUCCUGUGUGGAUACAUGGCUGGCAGGGCUGAUGUGAUCACUGAGAACCAGGCCAAGGGUCUGGGCAAUUUUGUCUCUAAAUUUGCCCUCCCAGCUUUGCUGUUCAAAAACAUGGUGCUGCUAGAGUUUGGUGACGUGAUCUGGUCCUUCCUAUGGAGCGUCCUGAUCGCCAAGGUGGCUGUAUUCGUGUUAGUGUGUGUGCUCACAUUAAUGGUUGCCAGUCCAGAAAACAGAUACGGCAAAGCUGGACUGUACGCCAUCUUUGCCACGCAGAGCAACGACUUUGCCUUGGGUUAUCCAAUAGUGGAUGCUUUGUAUCGGAGCACGUACCCGGAAUACCUGCAGUACAUCUACCUGGUGGCUCCCGUGUCACUCAUGCUCCUCAAUCCGGUCGGCUUUGCUUUAUGCGAGGUGCAGAGGUGGAGGAGACGGACCGACCACCAGGCGGAGCGAAGCACGGCCCGAGUGUUGGCAGUCGUCGCCCUGCAGGUGUUGAAGAACCCUAUCGUUUUCAUGGUGGUGGUAGGAAUUGUCUCACACUUUGCUCUGGGUCAGAAGAUCCCCGAAGUGCUGUCCCAGUUCAUCGACGGCUUGGCUAAUUCCUUUGGAGGGGCCGCUCUGUUCUACCUGGGCCUGACUAUGGUUGGUCAGAUGAGGAAGUUGACGCGAGACGCUGGCGUUGCCUUGAUUCUCCUCACCACUGCCAAACUUCUGUUGAUGCCGCUGUUCUGCAAAGACAUGAUAGACAUUUUGGAUGUUGGCGUCAACAGCACCAGCGCUAACCACACCAGCUUGUCCAACUUCGCUUUCCUCUACGGCGUCUUCCCCACAGCGCCCAGUGUGGCCAUCUAUGCCGGCCACUACGGCAUGGAGCUGGAGGUGGUGACGUCGGGCAUGGUGAUCAGCACAUUUCUUUCAGCGCCUAUCAUGUAUGUCUCGGCAUGGCUGCUGACCAUUCCACUCAUGGAUCCCGCACCUCUGGUGGCCGAACUUCAGAACGUCAGCUUCAACAUCAGCGUCGUUUGCCUAUUAGCACUGGUUUGGACCAUUGCUGUGCUGCUGCUUAGCGGGAAAUUCAAGCGUCUUCCCCACCUUUUUGCCUUAAAUCUCUUCUUAGCGCAGUUCCUGGUGUGUGUAAGCAUGAUUCUAUGGAACUUUCUGGCCAGACAAGAGGAUAAUCUGACAGGCAAAAUGCUGACGUUUGUGCUGCUCUACGGCUCGCUAUACAGCACAUACAUUUGGACGGGUUUAAUCCCGCUGUGCUUGGCGCUAACCAGCAGGGACGAUCUGCUCAGGCUGCGGCCAGCCGUUUUCAUGAUUCUGGGUUGGGGGGUGCCUUUCUUCGUGGUGGGAGGUCUUUUGUUAACAGGCCAGAGGACCGACUCCAUCGACUCGGCCUUCUUCUACGGCAAAGCCCAGAUUAUUAGCACGGCGGUAGUGCUGGCAGUCAGUUUGGUACUCGCCGCGGUUUCUCUGAUGGGCCUCAGCCAGGGAGAACGUGAGCAACGAGGCUACCACGUGCUGAGCCGCACGGUGCCGCUCACCUCCGGUGAAGAGCUGCUAAGGGUUCCUGCUGGUAUCGAGGACUCACUACAGCAACAACAGCCGCAGCAACAAGAGCACUUGGGGGAACUUUCUCCUUCCACCUGCAGUGUUAACUCAGACCUCCACACGCCUCCCCUGCUCCAGUCCAUGCCAGAUAUGAUCACCAGCACACAAAGGAAUCGCUGCCACAGCACAGGCCACACGGAAGCGCUGUGCGACGGUCAUCAGCAGAGUUCGUCUUCUUCAGAACAGAUGCUCAAUUUAACUGUGCCUGAGCAUCGACAAGCCAUGGAUGACAAGCAGACAGUCAGACACGUUUUACUCUGUCUACUGCUUACCGUCAGCCUGCUAGCAAAUGUGUCAAGCUGUCUGUGGUGGCUGCUGAACAAAGACCCCGGUCGCCUCUACUUGGAGCUUCAGUUCUUCUGCGCAGUGGCCAACUACGGUCAAGGCUUCCUGUCUUUCGGGAUCUUCGGCCUGGACCGCCACCUCAUUGUCCUGCCCUUCAAGAGAAGGUUUUCGGCGUUGUGGCGAGGGCGAGACGCGGACGGGAACUGUCCUUCGGUAGCUCGCGAGGAGGUCCGACUCACCUGCACACAGUUUGUGCGCUACCACAAGGAGCAAUGUGUGCAAGGGCUGGUUCACGUGCGCAGGUAUGGGACGACUAGUUACCUCAGGAGAGAGUGCAAACACUCAGACUGGUGA